GAACACUAUGUUGUUGCUUCUAGCUCUCUCCUUUGGGGCGCUGGCCCUGACCCACGCUGAAGAUGAUGCUACAGAGGCUAUGAAUUUCUUAAGCCAGUACCAUUACCUUUCGACCUCAAGGUCUGGAAAUCAUGAUGUGAACACUGCAAUCAAGAACUUCCAGCGUUUUGCGGGGCUUAAGGUUACCGGCCGACUCGAUCGUGCAACAGUAACGCUUAUGAAAAAACCGCGAUGCGGAAUGCCUGAUGAUGUGGCAGCUAGGAGUCGCGUAAGACGUUAUAAGACUGGCUCGAAGUGGCGUAAAACACAUUUAACGUAUUUUAUCCAGCAUGGUAGAGAUCUGCCUCAUUCGCAACAAGAUCGCAUUUUCCAAAGAGCUUUACAAUACUGGGCUGAUGUCUCAGGCUUGUCCUUUUCCAGAUCCUCCAGUUCCAAUGCCGAUCUUAAAAUAAGUUUUGGAUCCAGAUCUCAUGGAGGAGUAUACGGUGAAAGGAGAUGCAACUUCCCUUUUGACGGGCCGGGAAAGGUCUUGGCACAUGCUUUCUUUCCAUCAGAUGGCCGUGCCCAUUUUGACGAAGAUGAAACAUACACAGACGGGCAGUCAAGAGGAACAAAUUUACUGUGGGUUGCCACCCAUGAAUUCGGUCACGCUCUGGGUCUUGAGCAUUCUGAUGUGCGCAGAGCAAUUAUGUAUCCUUAUUAUACGGGAUACGUUGAAAACAUGCAACUUCAUUCUGACGACAUCAACGGCAUUCGAUCUCUCUAUGGUUAUAGCAGUGGUGGAGGGGGUCAUGUGGGUGGAGGGGGUGGUGGUUCUUGUAGAGAUGGCAACCGAGAAUGUUACCUUUGGAAGUAUCUUUGCCGCGAGCAUGAUUACGUUAUCAAAAACUGCCUCAAAACAUGUGGUCGAUGUUGAAGCUUUUUAAAGAGUAUUCUUCAAUGUGACACCAAGAGAAGGAGUGAUCCCACUGUUCUAUAUCAAUGAUAAAAGUAACUGAUAAACUAAAUAAAAGACAUGCU